AACAAGGUCAAGGAGGCAGCUCUGGAAAUCCACGGGCACCUUCAGCCAUGAAAAGAGAUCAGGAGGAUGAGCCUGGAAUUUAUAAAAAAUGAACAUUUAGAAAGGGAGUUGGCAAAUAAAGAAGAUGGGAGCAAAUAGCAGCAGCAUCAGUGAGCUUCCAGAAAAUGAGUACUUAAAAAAAUUAUCAGGAGCUGAGCCCAUCUCCGAGAAUGACCUGUUCUGGAAUCAGCUGCUGUCUUUUAGCUUUAUUACUCCAACAGACAGUGCUGACUUAAAGCUCUUGGAAGAAGACACAACCUCAGUCUGCAAGUCUUUAGUUGAGAAGAAUCCUCGAACAGGAAACCUUGGGUUGUUGGUUAAAGUCUUUCUUUCUAGAACCAAAGAGUUAAAAAUUUCAGCCGAAUGUCAGAAUCACCUCUUUAUCCUGCAGGCUCACAAUGCACUGUUUAUUAUUUGCCGUUUGCUGAAAGUAUUCAUCAGUCAAAUGUCAGAAGAGGAGCUGCAACUUCAUUUUACAUAUGAAGAGAAAGCACUGGGCUCAUAUGGAACAGAGUGUGAAGACCUGAUAGAAGAGUUGCUGUGUUGCCUCAUCCAGCUCAUUGUUGAAAUUCCCCUCCUAGUUAUAUAAGGGUACUGAAAGCAGAUUUCCCCGCCCCCAAUUACUUAAUAAAAUAGAGUAACCUCUUUGUUUAUUUCUUCACACUGAAUCUUACGAAAACAGAAAAGGAUUUUGUGAUAUCUCCUCACAUUUGCUAUUCCACUUGUAUGGUUUGUCAGAAAAAAACAAAUAAAUGAAUGAUUGAGAUGAAGGAAAAGUGUACUAGACUCUGAAAUUUGUUUCCUCUCAAAGUGAUCCAGCUGUUUUGGAUGCUGUAGCAUGUCACAAAGUCAACCUUUUCAUUCAUCAGCUCAGGACUGGCGACAUUAUUGUUGUAUUCUCAGCCUUGGUAAUGAUAAGCUUCUGAAUUUUUGUUUUUUGAUAGCUAAAAAGCAUUUUUUCCAAACCACUGUUUUUAUUUUGAUAGAAAAACAUUUCUUUUUUUCUUUUUUUCUUUUUUUUUUUGCUGGCGGCUAAACUAAUAAUCGGUACACAUAGGCCUUCCCUGCUUUGCUUGGGAUGGAUGUGGGUAGUGGAUUGCAAAACAACAUGUUUUUGGAGAGGGACUGGGAGCCAUUCCUAGCUCAGCCUUGCUUCUGGAUGAGAUGAAUUUGCCGUGGAAGCAGAUAGAAUUGUAGAAUCAUAAAAUGGUUUAGGUUGGAAGGUCACCUUUAAGGACACCUUUAAAGGUGUCCUGGUUUCAGUUGGGAUAGAGUUAAUUUUCUUCGUAGUAGCUAGUAUGGGGCUAUGUUUUGGAUUUGUACUGGAAACAGUGGUGAUAAUGCGGAGGUGUUUUGGUUGUUGCUAAGAAGCGUUUACACUAGUCAAGGACUUUUUCAGCUCCCCAUGCUCUGCUGGGUGCACAAGAAGCUGGGAGGGGACACAGCCAGGACAGCUGACCCCAGCUGACCAACGGGAUAUUCCAUACCAUAUGACGUCAUGCUCAGUAAAUAAAGCUGGGGAAGAAGAAGGAAGGGGGGGAUGUUCGGAGUGAUGGCGUUUGUCUUCCCAAGUAACCAUUAUGUGUGAUGGAGCCCUGCUUUCCUGGAGAUGGCUGAACACCUGCCUGCCCAUGGGAAGUGGUGAAUGAAUUCCUUGUUUUGCUUUGCUUCAGCACGCAGCUUUUGCUUUCCCUAUUAAACUGUCUUUAUCUCAACCCAUGAGUUGCCUCACGUUUACUCUUCUGAUUCUCUCCCCCAUCCCAUUGUCGGGGGGAGUGAGCGAGCAGCUGCGUGGUGCUUGGUUGCUGACUGGGGCUAAACCACGACAGUCCUUUUGGCACCCAACGUGGGGCACGAAAGGUUUGAGAUAACAACAGAUUUGAUUGGAAUGUGCUAGAUGGAAUUUAUAGCGGUUAUUGAUAUUUAGCUAUUAAUUGGCAGGCUUCUGUGCUUGCUAUGGGGCUUUUCUGCUCUACUCUAUAUAUACACUGUAUGCCUUAAAGUCUAGUGCUCAUUAGUGGCGCUUUUUGCUUUUGCUGCUUUCUAUACCGCUGUACUGCUUAUCACCUUACCCUGCCGGGCCUGGGAACAUUCUGAUAACAGCAAUGGCCAGGCGCCUGGGCUGGCAGAUGGCCAGGGCCCCGCUGCUGUUUCUGUGCUGUUGUACUGGACAGGCUGGAACUCCAGUGUGAACUCGAGUCAAAGGGACUGUGACCAUGAUGAGUCCAUGUGGGAGCAGGACACCACAAAGCAUCUGUGUCUGUGUAUAAGCCCAUUCCAGAGCAGGUAUAUCUCAAAGCAUCUGUGGCCUUGGUUACGUCUGUGACACAGCAGGUAUACCUCUGAGGUAAUUGUGGCCCAAGGAUAAAUCCAUCUUGGAGAAGGUACACCUCAAAGUGUCUGUGGCUGUAGAUAAGUCCAUGCUGCAGCAGGUACACAUGAACCGUCAGUGGCUGUGCAUGAGGUCAUGCUGGAGCACCUCAAAGUGCGUCGCCAUGGAUAAGCCCAAAACGGAGCAGGCUUACCUCUGGAGGGACUGCAGCCAUGGGACAAAGCCAUGUUGGAGCAGGCUUUGGAGGGACUACAGCCAUGGGCAAGGCUGUGUUGAAGCAGGUUUACUUCUGCAGGGACUGCAGCCAUGGGGCAAAGCCAUGUUGGAGCAGGUUUACUUCUGGAGGGACUGCAGCCAUGGGAAAAGCCAUGUUGGAGCAGGCUUUGGAGGGACUAGAGCCAUGGGCAAGGCCGUGUUGGAGCCAGUUUACUUCUGGAGGGACUGCAGCUGUGGCUAAGGCCAUGCUGGAGCAGAUAUAGCUCUGAAAGCAUUGAGGCCCAUGCAGAAGGCCACACUGGAACAGGCGCACCUCAAAGUGACUGUGGCUCUGGAUAAGUCUAUGCUGCAGCAGGUGUGCCCCUGGAGAGACUGUGGCUCCUGGGUAAGGCUCCACUUGGAGCAGGUACAACCCUAAAGGACUACAGUCUGUGAGUAAGUCUAAACCAGAGCAGGGGCAAGGGGAGGAGUUCAUUACAAUGUUAAACCUGAUGGUCCAAAUGGACCAGGGGUGGAGAUUGUAAUGGAUAUACCUUUAAAUUUUUGUAACCUGGGAUUUGAGUUACAUGUUAUAGGAACUACUGCAGCAGGAACCACCCGAAACAAUGGAGGACAAGCCUUUCAAGAAGCAGUGCGAGUGCAGCAGUGACCCAACCUGAGCUGGUUUUGGUGCCCAGUAACUCCACUCAACACACCAUCUCUCCUGUCCUGAGUGACCACCAGAACAGAUGGAGCCCAAAGCCAUGGACUAAAUAUCUGUGUAUUUUAUCAAAGGAUGGGAAGGGAGGGUGGAGGUUAAUGAGGUUGUAUUGAAUAGUGUGGAACCUGAGUCUGGCCUGAUCUAAUUAUCAGCAUUUACACCGGCUAACUUAGUAGUGGGCAAAAGGUCAGGUAACUCACAAAACCUAGAAGUAAUUAAAAGGCAUUUGAUGAUUUUAAGGAAGAAUAUUAUUUAAGCAGUACAUCUCUUCCUGACCUAUAACUUAAAAUGUUACGGAUUCAAAUACUUAAAUCAUGUGUGAGAAAAAAACACAAC